AUGUCCCGCUUCCAAGAAAUCAUACAGAACGCCAAAUUGUUACGCUCUCGUCUUGAUAAACUAGUCUCCAAACUAGAGACCGCCGAUACUUUACAGCUUGCUACGUCUCAGCUUCCUACGAGUAUACGACAGAAGCCCCGGCGCAAUACAGUCCAAAAUCAUCACGAAAAUCAAGACGAAUUCUGCGCAACCCUUUCAAGCCUCGAACUCGAAGUGGAGAGCAUUGCAACCGAAGUAAAGAAGUUAAGGAGCAGCCUGGAGCCAGACAGAGAUGAGCCCUCAACACGAGCAUUACAAGAAAACGGUUUGGUCGCCCGUAAGGCAACACAAGCGACACCAGCUCGGAGCGCAACUCAACGUAAUGCCACAUCUAUGCAGAAGGCGUCUGCCUCGCUCACCACCAAGGUAAACGCUGUUAUAAGAGAACCAAAAAACGAGGAAGAAUUGAAGACUACGGCUAUUCCACCACUAUCUGGAGAUCACAAAGCCCCUGCAGCGAAACAGCCGGCAAUAACAACAGCAAUGGCCAAAGAGGAUGCCAAGGCCUUGCGAUUCACAUGUGAAGCUGCUGAUCUAGAAGAUAACAUGGUCUACACUAUCGAGAAAGCAAUGAAGGCUCUAGGAAGAGGGAAAGUGGACGAGCAUGGCUAUUUGAUCCUAAGUGUAAAGUCGAUGCCCGUAGUAGACUGGAACGAAGUAUCGCUACACCCCGCAAAGCCACAGGAAGGUGAGAUUCUGGGGUUCCGAUACGACGGGGGGACUAAAGACGUUACAAAUUCGUUUUGUGUGCAGCCAAAGGGGGGCUUUGUCUUUCCAGACUUCUCCGUGCCCGAGCCGCACUCAUACCACGACAAUCCCGAGAGAGAUUUCCAGGAUACGAUCGAUAGUCCUCCCUCAGGCCAAUUAGGUUACUACGUUGGCACUCCGAUUCACUCUUUGGAGUGUACACGUCUUGUACAUCCUGGGCUCAAGUUAGCAAAGCGAGGCGAAGGCAAUCUCCCUGGCAUCAACACACCCUAUUGGUACAUCAGCACUUGCCACGGGACGCCUGCUAAUUUGCACAUUGAAGAUGGCAGGACAGGGUCCGUCAACUUACUACUCGUAGGCGCCCCGAAAGAUUGGCUGCUUAUCCAUCCGGGUAGUAAGUCCAACUUGGAAUCGUGCCUCCGGAAGGAAUUCCCAAAGCACAAGUCCUGUGCUCAGUUUGCUCGUCAUCUCGAUAUUUUACUUUCCCCGAAAUGGCUACGCGAGAGGGACAUUGAAUACUCUAUUGUCAGACAACAUCCCGGCGAGAUGAUAGUCACAUUAAAUGACACGUAUCACCAGGUCAAGAAUUGUGGGAAAAAUUUUGCGGUGGCCAUUAACUUUGAAUUCGAACUAGGGCCAAGCAUGCCAAAAGACUACCAGUGGUGUACAAAGUCCUGCGGUCUGGAUGUAUUGACCGAAAAGGACUUUCAGAUCCCAUCGAGUAAUGUGAAAGCUUCACAACUACCAACCAAGCACUCUACUCUGGACCACCGACCAAAAGCGGCAACUACCAUGGAGAUAUCGGACGAUAUGGCAAGCGAGGCAGCAAGCGAUGAUGGGGUCGCGCCUAUUACGUACUUGCCCCUAGCAGACCCGAAUCCUGUAAAGGAUAUCAACAAACUGAUUGCCUUUUCCAUAAAAAAAAGGGUUCGUCCUAGUCUUUUAGGCUGUGCAACCGUCGAGGAGACGGAGAAGACGCUUCGAAUGUUUCUCCCAGGUCAAUGGAUGAGUAGUACCAUCUUGCGCGUGCUUUUACAGAUUUGUUGUAGCACCCGGUUCAGUGUUGUUGAAUCUCUCAAGCUUGAAUUAAGCACGCCAUCACCAGACUCGUUCAAGCACCUGGAGUACGAAGAUGGGCUUGUCUUUCCCUUUCACGUCAACUGCUCCAACCAGGCUUCGCCUGAAGCUAAGAAGAACCAUUGGGUCCUUGGCAUCUUCAAUCGACAUACCAUGGAGUUUGUUUCCUUCGGCGUGGACAAAGUUUUGGCAGCGAAAUGGGCAUUAGCCCUGGAAAAGAGUAUGAAAGAUGGUCCCCACACAGGAUGCAAGGUUCAGGAUAAAGCUAAGCCAUUUCCCACCAAUCCUGAUAACGCAUCUUGCGCUCUUGUGUGCUGCCUGGCGCUGGAGAAGUACUUAGGGCUCUACCCGUCCAAGUCGGAACCCCCCAGUCUCCGCAGUUACUAUAUGCGGAAAUUGCUCAGCGCUGUUGUCUUCACGAAUCACAACAACGACCUUACUGGCGAGUCUUCCAAAGCCCUGGUACGGUGUAAUCCAGGCUUGUUGUCAGAUGGAUUGUGCUAUGAGGCAGCACACUCGUCAGCUACAAUCAGUGAAAAAGAUGCCUUAGCACAAGACCUCAAAAGUAUCCCUCAAGAUGAACGAGCUUCCAUCGAGAACGCGCUAGAAGACGAAGAGUGUCAAUUGUCGCUCGAGAACAGGGCGCGAAUCGUUCAGAUGAUUAUGGAAUGCUCCAACCGUGCCCUUGGAUAUAUCCACUCGCUCACUCAACCGGUAGACCCGGUUCAUGGUUUGGCUGUUUCUGACAAAGAAGACGUUUGUAAGACCAUGGAGUAUCUUCUGGAGAAACUUGACCAAAAUAAGGACGUGUUGUGUUUGCCAAUAGCGGAGCUGCGGUCAAUCUAUAUGCACAUCGCCAAAACAUUCGCAAAGGCAGUGGAGCAGGAGCGGCGAGUGAUGGAGAAGGACCGAAUAAUGCAGAGGCGGGCGCCGGACGGGCACAAACGAAAGGGACAGACGCCUGAAACCAGAGUUUUGAACCGGUUUAGCGGAGCUGAAUCGACUGAGGUAUCGAGGCGGUUAAAGGAUCGUCUAAGGGCGUGUAUCAAUACCGGCAACAAUUUGGACUUCCUUUGCUCCAAAUUAGGCCUACCGAUACUACUUACGUUUCCUGCGGCCACAGUGGAUCCCAGCGAACUUUACCUACCCUUUGGGUCGGCAAGGGAGCGGUUUGCAAGCCUUGGGAAACGCAUCACCUCUGACACGUACCAUGACUUGAAAAGUGGGGGUCACGAGGCAAAUUAUUUUAUAAAGCACUUUGCCGCUCUUCAGCCGAAACUCAUGCACGCCACUGCACUCGACUAUCGAGUUCCUGUGCACCAUGCACAGUCAAUUAACAGCAAAGUGCACAAUCAGAUCCAAGUCAUUUACAAGGCCACCAAGAGGUCUCGUGAAGGGCCCACUGUGACGAGAAAGAGAAAGAAACUUAGGGCUUGA